AUGCUCUACGUUUUUGCUCGCUGCCUUGUAUAUUUCAUUCUUAUCGCCGUACUGUUUGUGGGCGCAGAAAUUCUGCUGUGGCACGGAUCACCCAAACCGCAUAUUCGCGCUCACGUCGAUGGGAACGCCAUCGCGGGCUCGAGUCAGCAUACCAUCCUGCAGUCUUUGUACACCAAUACCAGCAGACGCGCUGUCUGCUCGUUGAGGCCACUCGACCGCCUGAACAAAGAAUGCCGCCUUCAUCCACCCCCGUUCUCCAAAGGGACAUUCGUGGCAUACUAUCAACUGGUCAUAGACGUUCAAGAGGAGUGGUUGAAUGGUCUAGCGGCCCAGGUGAGGGGCAGGUAUGAGCUCGCACUAGCGAUCUUUACCGCAACGAAGCACAUUUACCACUCGAGGGUCGGCUUUAUCCACACCGAUGGCCACUCGAAUGGAACCCAAGCGUUGUCUGCCCCAGUGGCUGCAGUUAUCGAGAGUGCAGACACAGCGAUCAUGAAGCUAGUCGGACUGACUGUUGACAUCGAGGCGUUGCUUCGCGGAACCAUUGGACUACGAUCCCUGCACAUCCGCUUGCUGGCAUCAAUCCGCGAUCAUGUCGACUCCUCCGCUUCCCGGGUUCCGUACUUCUUUGUCUUUGACCUCGACGUGGAUAGAGUCCUGUCCAACGUCUUCUGGUCUACCUACGACGCUCUCACCCGGCCAGGAGACCAACUCCUGCAUGACGGGGAGCUCGUCUUAUCUUCCUUAGGCGACCUCGCCAUGGACCUCGAGCGGCUGAUGAACUCGACCAUGGAUCACUGCGGUGAUGCAGCCCCGCCGAAACGGCCGAGCAUUAUGGCCGGUCCCUUCCCUACGCUGCCAUCACCUGUGGCAUUUCGCCAGCGCGCCAACUGCCAGCACAUGGCGCAAACCAUCACCCUUUCCAUGGUGGAGAACCUGUACGAGAUGGUGAACGCCGUAGAUGCUCGUCUACGGGCUGGUGGAGCCCUCGAACGCUCGUUCCAGGAUUUACUAGAGGAUCUCGUUGAUGGUACACCCGCACUUCAUGCCACCAACGAUAACGUGCGCCGACUACAUGCCCAGUACGCUUUCCUAACCGCUCGUCCUCUGUUCUUUUAA